AUGUCUGGUAUGGACGCGAUAGCAGGGGGACCAGUAACAAGGAGCUCAUCCCGUCAAACUCCUCUCCUCCGCCGCUGCGAAAGAGGACGGAAAUCAACAGCUAGCUUAAAUGCAAAACUUCGUGUUUGCGGAACCCAACAGCGGUACCUACGCCGCAAGAGGCAGCGAGCAGCUAAUGUACCAAUUAGUUCAAAAUCGGAUUCUCCCAUCAGCGAUAUCUCCGACAAUCUUCUCAUCCAUAUUCUUCAACGUCUUCCGGAUCCUAGAUCAGUUUGUGUUUGCAAAUCUGUCUGCAAGCAUUGGAACUUCCUCAUCUCCGAUCCGGGCACCCUCCGUCAGUUAGUUUCUCGACACAAGAUCAAUCCGACUGACGAAGGGCAGCGAUCCAUAGGUGAUACUCUUUCAGUGACCACCUUCUGUUCUGAGUCAUGGGAAUGGAAGUUCAGUUCUCUUGGGGUUCGGCCCUUGUCAGUUGAAUUACCAUUUCUACCUUCCACUGCACCCUAUAUUGGCGUCAGUAAUGCUCAUUCUACGUCCCUUGCUGGGAAGCUAUUUUGGAAGACUACAGGAGCCCAAGUUGCUGUUUACGAUCCUUUCAGCGAUCAAAGACUGCCAUUCAAAUUGAUUGAUUGUUCUCAUUUAUGGUCAAAUGAUAUUGCUAACAACAAUUUCUUGAUUGGGGUUUCUCAAGGCUAUUUGCGUGGGAUGGUGUUUCCACGCCCAGGUCGAGUUCACAGUAAAGGAUUCUUCCAUUGUUGGAAACUGGAAGAGGACAAGAGCGUGGUGGGCGGCUAUAGAUGGAGUUUUGAUUAUAAUGUGUCCAUGCGAAUGGUGUACAACAUUAUUGUCCCACAACUUAAAUUGAACAAGAUAGGAGGAAGAAGGAGGAGGAUGCGGUUGGGGGUAUUGGGGGUUCAUCCCAGCAAGCCAGAGGUCAUCUAUUUUGAGUGUCAUGAUCAUAGUAAAAAGCAUAAUCAUGAUCCUUUCUUCUUCGACUUCCGCCAUCACUUCAGAGUUAAUGAUGGGAGCCCAAAACCUGAUCACAACUAUGAUCCUAUUUAUGUUGUCCCCUUUGAUGUGCUUAGGCAUAAGGUAGUUGGAGAGAUUAUACCAAUUGCUGAAAGUAAUGAGACCCAUCUUAGGUUUAAAAUGUGGGGUAUGUUUGGAGUAGAUGAUCCAAUCGGCUGGGCUGUGUUCCAGCCUGCGAUUCCUUUCUGGCCAACUCCAAUUCCGGUUCCAGGUGACACAAUUGGUUUGGAGGCAAUGCUGAGUGAUGCUGCACUUUUGCUGUAACCUGUUAACUUCUAAAGCAAAAAUCUGCAUGAGCAGAGCUCAGCGUUAUAGUUCCUGAAUAAGAAAAGGGGACGGCACUGACGCAUGGAGGAAAUCUAAAGUAAAUGUUUGGGCAAGUUAUUGUUGUUUGGUUCCGAAUGCUGCCGUGGUUGUUAUUUAUAGAUUUGUGGAAAUCUAUAGUAAAGGUAAGGGCGAGUUAUUGAAGUAUUGUUCAGGAGGCUGCUGUGUUAGUUAUUUAUGGAUUUAUGGUUGUGGACGUGGAUACUGUCUGAUACUUGCGCAGCCAUUUUUGCUCGUCUGUGAAGUGUUCCUUGGUCAUUUUAGAUUCUGCAUUCUAAGUAGCCCCGGGUAAUUUAACUUUCUUGUGGUUUCUAUUGCCCUCGCAAUUGUUUCUACACUAGAUCUUCACGCGUCCAUUAGUCUCAAUUUCUUUUGUUGAAAGAUUAAGACGGUGCUGCUAGGCUUGUGAUCGCUUCUGUGGCUGCAACAGAAGGCCAGCUUACGAUUGGGUGAGUUUGUUGAGCUAGGAAUUUCAGGAGGAGCCCUCAAGAAGUUUCGGUAUUUGACGUGACCCAACCUGUAAAACUCGGUAUUGAUGGGUUUCAGGUCAGAUCUGGGUGAUAUCCUUUUCUUUUUUUAAGGGCUGAAAAUUGGCCCGAUCCUGUCAUGACCCUGUCUGACCCGUCCAUAAAGGGUCAAGAUGUAUAACUGUGGGGAGUCGCGGUCAUGAAGGGUCGGGGCGGGUCACGAAGGGUCAGGUACACAGUCUUAUUUGGAGAGCAACUUUCAUCCCAAGUCCCAAACCCGUACGUGUAACGGAUACCCAUUACCCUCACGGGAUGGAUAACAGAAUCGAUGUCCACUCUGUCAACAACAUAGGAAGCCUAGGGAAGUACCCAAAUGAAGAAGACGUUAUAGGAAUUACAGUCCAGAACUGCACCAUCAACGAAACCCAAAACGGGAUUCGAGUCAAGACUUGGCCAAGGUCGUUGACGGGGAGUACCUCAGGUGACUAGGGAUGGCAAUGAGGCGGGUUUGCCUAAACCAUCCCCAUCCCCGCUUUCAAGUAUCCAAACCCAUACCUGCCACAUACCCAUGCGGGGGAAGAUUUUGCUAACCCAUCCCCAUACCCGUGGGUUUCAGGUACCCAUGAGUAAUAUCCGCCCCGUACAUCCAACAUUAUAAUACAUAAAAUUUUACAUGUAAAUUUUCAAUUAUAACAUUAAAGGCACCUAUUAUAUCAUGAAGACGAGAAAGUGACAAUAAUUAUUAAUAUGGUUCAAAAUAUUUUAUCCUAAAAUUUCCCUUAAUCCAUAAAAUAGAGUACUACAAUGUAAUCCAAAUCAUUAUUUAUCUAAC